AUGUCUCCUAACUUGGAAAGUCCUAUUCAGACGCAAAUGGCUGUGGCAGUUCAUGAUUAUACUCUCAGCAGUGAGUACCAUAGCAACAGAAGUGAAGGCAAGCCCGUAGGGAGGAGGAGGCAUGUGUUUGCCCAAGCUGACACUGCAUGUGUUCUGGGCAUAGGAUUGGACCAAGAAGACAAUGUCCACACUGUUAAAAGGAGACUGCAGCUGGCCCUUAAUCUGCCGACUGGGGAGAACUCGUUUGCCAUGGGUGACCUCAGUGCCAUCUUCAGUGAUCCUUUCCCCCUCCUCGGACCGAAAUUCAUCCACAGGAGCUUUUCCACACCAUGCCUCUUCCCAACUGGAAGGGAUCUUCAGCAGAGGGAUCAGAGCGGCACCAUUGAGAUCAUUUGCUGCUCGAGCGACUACACUUGUAUCAAACAGCUGGUGGGUGAUGUUGCUAAGGCUAUUAAGAGUGGAGUGGAACCCACCAAGGUGCACCAUGGGCUUGGCGGUGCUUACUAUUUCAGGAACAGCAGUGGCGACAAUGUUGCCAUAGUCAAGCCAGCAGAUGAGGAGCCAUUUGCGCCCAACAAUCCCAAGGGUUUUGUGGGGAAGUCCAUGGGCCAGCCAGGGCUGAAGCGGUCAGUGCGUGUGGGGGAGACAGGAUUCAGGGAAGUGGCUGCAUAUCUUCUGGACUAUGAUCACUUUGCUAGCGUCCCCCCAACAGCUCUUGUCAGGAUCACCCACUCUGUCUUCAACAUCAACGAUCAUGACAGCAGUAUGAUCCAGGAGAGGAAGCAGCAGGGUAUCUGUAAAAUUGCCUCAUUCCAGCAGUUCAUCCCUCAUGACUUCGAUGCCAGUGACUAUGGUGCCUCCAGCUUCCCAGUGGCAGCUGUUCACCGGGUCGGGAUUCUUGACAUCAGGAUCUUCAACACAGAUCGGCAUGGUGGGAAUCUCCUUGUUAGGAAGCUUCACGGUGGUGGUGUUGGCAGGUUUGGCAGCACAGUGGAGCUGAUCCCCAUUGAUCACGGCCUCUGCCUGCCUGAAAACUUAGAAGACCCCUACUUUGAGUGGAUCCACUGGCCUCAGGCUUCAAUCCCCUUCUCUGACGAGGAGCUCGAGUACAUUGCCAAGCUGGACCCUGCAAAGGAUGCCGAGCUGCUUCGGGCAGAGCUGCCGAUGAUCCAUGAGGCAUGCCUCCGGGUGCUGGCCCUCUGCACAAUCUUCCUCAAGGAGGCGGCAGCAUUCGGUCUCUGCCUGUCUGAGAUCGGGGAGAUGAUGAGCAGGGAGUUCAGGGGGAUGGAGGAGGGCCCGAGCGAGCUUGAGGUUGUCUGCAUGGAGGCAAGGAGAUUGGUGGGGGAAGCCCAGGAUUUCUCUCCUCGUCCUCUGAUUGGAGUUCCUGAUGAGGACCAGUUUCAGUUUGACGUUGACUGCGAGGAUGGUGACUCCGUACUGGCAGUGACUGCACUGCCAGCCCCCCAACUCGGGUUCUGUGGGGGUAGUAGCUUCGGAAACCCACUCUGGAAGUUGGAGGAAACCGUGGAGGAGGAAGAUGAUGAUGAUGGUGACGGUGAUGGUGAUGGUGAUGGUGAUGGUGAUGGUGAUGGUGAUGGUGAUGGUGGUGAUGAAGAAGAUGGAGAUGGUGGGGAUGUCAGAGAAGACGCCACCGGCGGCUCCAAGAUCCACUGUGUUGACCGGCUUCCAUCAAUCCACGGGCUGUCCAUGUCAUUGAAGGGUGUCGGCCUUGCCAACAGGAGCCAAAUUUACAAGGCUGGGAGCAGCAGUGGCAGUGGACUUCGGGUGACCCACCGGAGUGCCGAUGAGCAGCUGGCGGCAAGUGCCAGCUUUGUGAAGCUGGCAGACAUGGGUGGCGAGGAUUGGGCGGCCUUCCUCACAAAGUUCCAGGAGCUGCUGCCGGGGGCCUUCCUUGGCCGCCGGUCAACGGCAUCAAGGCACCGGCUUGGAACGUCUUGCCAAUUUUAG